GGGGACCGGAAGCGCUUGGGAACCCGGUAAAGGAUUGUGCCACGAGACGCGCAGACGGGCCUGGGUGCGCGGUUUCCACCGGGACUAGAGCCCAGAGGAAACCGUACCGCGGCAGCAAUGGAGCGGGGCGCAGGAGAGCGCACUGCCAGCGCCCUUUUCGCUGGGUUCCGGGCUUUGGGGCUUUUCAGCAACGACAUUCCACACGUGGUGCGGUUCAGUGCACUGAAGCGCCGAUUCUAUGUGACGACGUGCGUGGGGAAAAGCUUCCACACCUAUGACGUUCAGAAACUUAGUCUGGUUGCAGUAAGUAACUCCCUUCCACAGGAUAUCUGCUGUAUGGCAGCUGAUGGGAGGCUAGUCUUUGCUGCUUAUGGGAAUGUUUUCUCUGCAUUUGCCCGUAAUAAAGAGGUAGUACAUACCUUUAAGGGUCAUAAGGCAGAAAUCCAUCUUUUGCAACCCUUUGGGGAUCACGUUAUCUCUGUUGAUACUGACAGUAUUCUUAUUAUUUGGCACAUAUAUUCAGAAGAAGAAUACCUGCAGUUGUCUUUUGAUAAAUCAGUAUUUAAAAUUUCUGCAAUUUUGCAUCCGAGUACCUACUUGAAUAAAAUACUUCUUGGCAGUGAACAAGGAAGCCUCCAGUUGUGGAAUGUAAAAUCCAAUAAACUUCUAUAUACAUUUGCGGGAUGGAAAGUUGGAGUGACAGCACUUCAGCAGGCACCAGCUGUGGAUGUUGUUGCUGUUGGUCUUAUAUCGGGUCAGAUUAUCAUUCACAACAUUAAGUUUGAUGAAACAUUAAUGAAGUUCCGUCAAGACUGGGGACCUAUUACUUCGAUUUCAUUUCGCACAGAUGGUCAUCCAGUAAUGGCAGCUGGAAGCCCAUGUGGCCAUAUUGGACUCUGGGAUCUAGAAGACAAAAAGUUAAUCAAUCAAAUGAGAAAUGCGCAUUCUACAGCAAUUGCCGGACUGACAUUUCUCCAUAGAGAGCCACUUCUUGUCACAAAUGGUGCUGACAAUGCUCUCAGGAUAUGGAUAUUUGAUGGUCCCACAGGUGAAGGCCGGCUUUUGAGAUUCAGAAUGGGACAUAGUGCUCCUCUUACCAAAAUAAGAUAUUAUGGACAAAACGGACAACAAAUUCUUAGCGCAAGUCAGGAUGGAACUCUUCAGUCAUUUUCCACAAUACAUGAAAAAUUUAACAAGAGCUUGGGACAUGGAUUAAUAAAUAAAAAGAGAGUCAAACGUAAAGGACUUCAGAAUGCCAUGUCAGUGAGACUUCCACCCAUCACAAAGUUUGCAGCUGAGGAAGCUCGUGAAAGUGACUGGGAUGGUAUCAUUGCUUGCCAUCAAGGUAAGCUAUCUUGCUCAACCUGGAACUAUCAAAGAUCUACAAUAGGUGCUUACUUUCUCAAGCCAAAAGAGCUGAAGAAAGAUGACAUAACUGCAACAGCAGUGGAUAUAACUUCUUGUGGAAACUUUGCUGUGAUUGGUCUCUCAUCAGGAACUGUAGAUGUAUAUAACAUGCAGUCGGGUAUACACCGAGGAAGUUUUGGCAAGGAUCAAGCCCAUAAAGGAUCUGUUAGAGGUGUUGCAGUGGAUGGAUUAAACCAGUUGACAAUUACAACUGGUAGUGAAGGAGUACUCAAGUUCUGGAACUUUAAAAACAAAGUUUUAAUUCAUUCUGUGAGCCUUGAUUCAUCUCCAAAUAUGAUGCUGCUACAUAGAGACAGUGGCAUUCUGGGACUCGCCUUGGACGACUUCUCCAUUAGUGUUUUCGACAUAGAAACUAGGAAGAUUGUCAGAGAGUUUUCUGGACACCAAGGCCAAAUAAAUGACAUGGCUUUCAGUCCUGAUGGUCGUUGGUUAAUAAGUGCUUCAAUGGAUUGCUCUAUUAGAACUUGGGACCUUCCAUCUGGGUGCCUUAUAGACAGCUUUCUGUUGGACUCAGCUCCUCUUAAUAUUACUAUGUCCCCUACUGGAGACUUUCUGGCCACUUCCCAUGUGGACCACCUUGGAAUUUAUCUAUGGUCCAAUAUUUCCCUGUAUUCAGUUGUUUCAUUAAGGCCACUUCCCACAGAUUAUGUUCCUUCAGUAGUGAUGCUUCCUGGUACUUGUCAAACCCAAGAUGUAGAAUUAUCAGAAGAAACCAUAGAACCAAGUGAUGAAAUGAUAGAGUAUGACUCCCCAGAACAGUUGAAUGAGCAGCUGGUGACUCUGUCACUCCUUCCUGAAUCCCGGUGGAAAAAUCUUCUUAAUCUUGAUGUUAUUAAGAAAAAGAAUAAACCAAAGGAACCACCGAAAGUACCCAAAUCAGCACCGUUUUUUAUUCCAACAGUUCCUGGCCUUGUACCCAGAUAUGCUGCACCUGAACAAAACAGUGAUCCUCAACAGUCUAAAGUGGUAAAUCUUGGAAUUUUGGCUCAAAAAUCAGAUUUCUGCUUGAAACUUGAGGAAGGACUGGUAAAUAAUAAAUAUGAAGCUGCUCUUAACCUUCUGAAAGAAUUAGGCCCGUCAGGAAUUGAAACAGAGCUGCGAAGUUUGUCUCCUGAUUGUGGUGGUUCUGUAGAAGUUAUGAAGAGCUUCUUGAAAAUGAUCGGGAUGAUGUUGGACAAAAAGCGUGAUUUUGAGUUAGCCCAGGCAUACCUUGCGUUGUUUUUAAAGUUACACCUUAAAAUGCUUCCUUCAGAGCCAGUACUUCUAGAGGAAAUGACUAAGUUGUCAUCACAGUUGGAAGAAAACUGGAUCCAUUUACAAUCACUCUUCAAUCAAAGCAUGUGUGUUUUAAAUUACAUUAAAAGUGCUUUGUUGUAAAAAUAAACUUAGGUGACUAAAUAAAGACUUUUAUAUUAAAGAGAUUGAGUUUAACUUACAACCUUGUUUUCCAAGUGUCAAUGUGAAAAGAAAAUAAAUGCCAGCACUACCAACUAGUCCGUCAUUCUCCACUUUAAAUGCUAAAUACUUUCUUGAAAUAAAAUUAUACCUAUUUUUUGUUUUAAAGACAUAAAGAAUAUUCUCAAAUGAUUUAUUUUCUGAGUCUCUUCACAUCAGUUACUUGGAUAUGACUUCUUUUGAAUUGUCAUCACCAAGCUCGUGUUUUUUGAAUAUUUGUAACAUAUGAGGUACGCUGGGUGUUUAAUGUAGAAUAUUGCUGAACUAAACUGAAGAUAAAACCAAUACAUAAAACAGUUAUAAAAAUGCCUUCAUGUUAUAAGGUAAAAAGGCAUGUUUCCUUCCUUGGUGGCCUUUGAUGAAAACAUAGAGCCAGAAGGUGUGUUAGACAGUGAAGCCCUCUUGCAUUGCAGAAGAGGAAACUGCUGAGGUCUGCUCAGGAUCUCAGAAACAGAUCCAGAUUUUCUAACACUGGCCUAGUUAGUCCUGUCUACGUUAUAGCCUUUCUAACUUACUCUUUUAUUCUUUUAUAUGAGAGGCGCGUUCACAAGGCAACUUGCUAUAGGAGGCAGUUGAACAGAUACCUAGGAUAGGUGAGGGAAAUUCCAAAUAACAUUAAGGUUAUCCUUCAAAGGUUUUUCUUCCCCACUGAUGACCUUUUUAUUUGGGAAGAAACUGCUGACUAUACUUUUCUGUCAUAACCAUUGUGAAACCAGAUAGUUCUGGCACUUUUUUUUCUCAUCGUCAUUGUUUUUGUGGUUCAAGAUUUCAAUAUGUGAAUUAAAAAUAAGCAAUUCUCAAAAGCACACUGUCCUAAAAACUUGUUAGUUUUUACACUCAAAAAUAGUGUCAUUUGUAAAAUUCAGCUGGUUGUAUUUGAACACCAAUACUAUUCUAUUCUAAUUAGGAUGUAGCUUUACAGAAUAAUCUCCAGAAGGAACAGUCCUCACAAGGAGAUGAUCAAUGAUAACUUUAACUAUCAAAGUGUUUUUGUUUAAUGGUGAAAGGUACAAUUAGUAAACUGCUGAGGAAAUAAGCCAAUCUGGUUUGGUACUUUGUUCUUUUAGAAAUGUAUAUAAACUUAAAGCCAUCGACUUAAAUGUUAAUAAUGAUUUAAGUUGUAACUUUAAAAACUAUUUCUCCUUGCCCCAGAUACUAUAUUCUAAAGAUAUGGCAAAAUUUCAGUAUACAAUUAUGUACUAUGUGAAGAUUGUAAAUAUCUAAAACAGUAAGAGUUCUAAACUGAAAUUGUAUUGCUGUGACAAAUCUUGAACUGAGCUUUCUUUUUCAGGUGAGAAUAGAGGAGUUGAGUGUAUUGUUUUUAUUGGAGAUAGCUUUAGAUAGUAUUAAAGCAUCAUUUUGGCAGGUAAUCUUCUAAAACCUUUCCUGUAUGUUUGCCAUCAAGGAAGGGAGGGAGAAAGAAAUACAAAGGAUAAUUUUUUGUGUAUAUUUUUUCUUAAAAUGUAUCAUUCUGUGCAUAUUGCUUUUUCUUUACAUUUUAAAUUACAAAUUAGUAUAUGACAUUUUACUUGUAAAACCGUCAAAGACAAGUCUAAUUUUUAUAGUCACCUUCAAUCCCAAUACCUUCCCUAGAAGUAACAGUUGUUAACUUUCCAUCUAGACCUUUUUCUGUGAAUGUAUAUACAUGUUAUGUAUAGCUACAGGAAAUAAAAUGUAUAGCUUCAGUUUUUACAUAAAUAUAUGUAUAUCAUUC